AUGGAGAAUCCUCUCACCCACUCAAUGUUUAUGUCUGAUUAUUUCUCAGAUAAACCAUCUAUGAAAUAUGGUUCCCCCUUUGAAGCACCUCCAUCAUCACCAUCAAAGGGCUUUUCUCAAGAUCUUCACCAUUUUGAUCAGUUUCAUGCAAAUGGGUUGUCUUUAAAUCCCAUUUUUGGAGCCCAAAAUGCUUCCAAUUUCGAUUUUUUUGAUGCUCUCCCCUAUGGGUCUUCAACAAACAUUGAUUUCUCUGAUUAUGAGUGCAAGCCAUUUGCAGAUAACAAUGGUGGGCAUGGUCAGGUCAUGGACAAUUUCCAAAAUGGAGGAUUCUUGAACCUCCCUCAUAAUCAGAGUAAUUCCAUAGGUACCAUGAUGGGAUCCAAUCAGGGGCAGGGCAACAUGUCCUUAGGCUUCCAAGAAAUGAAGCCUAUAAAUUUUGUGGUACCAGAUGAAGUUUCAUGCAUCAAUGCUAAUCAAGAAUACCACAAAAAAGUUGGUGUUGAUAAGAAUAGGGCAUCGUCUUCUAUGGGAAGAACGUGGAGAGGCCGCAAGAAGAACAAUGUAGUGAAGGGGCAAUGGACAAUUGAAGAAGACAGGCUCUUGACUCAGCUGGUUGAACAGUAUGGAGUGAGAAAAUGGUCUCAUAUUGCUCAGAUGCUGCCUGGAAGGAUUGGAAAGCAGUGUAGAGAGAGAUGGCACAACCAUCUAAGGCCUGAUAUCAAGAAGGAUAUGUGGAGUGAAGAUGAGGACAAGAUCCUCAUACAUGCUCAUGCAGAAAUAGGAAACAAAUGGGCAGAAAUUGCAAAGAGAUUGCCAGGAAGAACUGAGAACUCAAUCAAGAACCACUGGAAUGCAACCAAAAGAAGGCAGUACUCUAAGAGAAGAUGUCGCUCAAAGUACCCAAAAGGAUCUCUUCUUCAAGAAUAUAUCAAGAGCUUGAACUUAGGCUCGGUUCCUGCAGCAGCUGGUAGAUUUCUGGGAAAGAGCAGUGAUGCAAGAGCAGUCAACAAUAUUUCUAUGAAAGCACCAAACCUGCAGCCACAGGUCUCAGAGAUUUCCCAAAACAACAAUAGGUUGUUUCCAAAUUAUUAUGAUUUCAAUGAGGUCCCAGCAUUUGAUUUUGAUGAGAGAAUGAUUCAAGAGGGCUGCAGCUUUGGUUCUUUUCUUGAUGAGAUGGCUAAUGGCGAUCGUGGUUUUGAUGAGAAAAGCUUUGAGAUGAAUGUAGCAAUGGAGGAAGUGAGUCCUUUCAUGGAUUUUGGAGAGAAGAAAGAGCUGGAUUUGGUGGAGAUGAUCUCCCAAGCCAGAAUGUGA